AUGGCACAUCUUCCUGCUGUACGCGUUACACCAUCGCUUCCUUUCUCCAGUACCUUAGUCGAUUUCAUGGGCCCAGUGUACUUGAAACCUCCUCGCAAACAGGGCCCAAUUAAAUCGUAUAUUUGCGUCUUCGUUUGCAUGGUUACCGAAGCCGCACAUCUCAAACUGGUAAUGAGCCUCACAUCCGACGCUUUCAUCGCAGCGCUGAAACGGUUCUGCUCAUGGAGACGACGUCUACCAGAAAUCUACUGCGACAACGCCACGAAUUUCGUCGGCGCCAAGAACCAGCUGGAAGAACUUCGUGUUCUCCUCCUGUCGCAACGGCAUCAGUCCGAGAUCGCCAGAACAACAGCCCGAAUGGGAAUCGCUUUCCAUUUCAUUCCUCCACGCUCACCCACUUUUGAAGGGUUGUGGGAAGCUUGCGUCAAAAACAUCACCUACAUCGCACCUCGAGGCCCUAACUGCAGGCCAUUUCCUUAUCGGUGGUCCAAUCCUAGCUCUUCCCGAACCAAACCUUACCUCGUUACCCUCCAAUCACCUGUCCCGCUGACCAAACAACAGCGUGUUCCCCAAACGCUUUGGGAUCGACGGUACGUCGAAUACUUGCCCACUCUACAGCGUCUUCAAAAAUGGCCCGGUAAACACUCGAAUCUAGCCGUCGGUGACAUGGUUCUGGUCGGAGACAACAACUCGCCUUCUUUGAAAUGGCCCAUCGCUCGAGUCCUGAAGACGACUGCUUGUGGCAGGAUUGCAGACGUGCUGUGUGACGGAAACCAAAUCCGCCGUUGCUCAAUCCGCAAAAUGUGCCCACUCCAACAUUGCGAAGCCUCCGAAUCUUCCACUGUCACGGAAUCCGAGCGUGAGCCUUCCACUCCGAGCUGCACUACACAACCAUCACCCACAAUUGAUCUUCAGGCAACAUCCACACUUUCGGCCGCUGCUCAACUUUUGGCUCCGAACAGCGACGACAACGACGAGUUGUCAUCCUGGUCUUCAUCGCAGUACGCAUCGUGA